AUGAAAUAUGCACCACCAGCCGACAGGGCGUGGGAGGGCGUGGUGGCGCUGGGCGGGUGCCGCGUGCAACGAGCUCUGGAGCGGAUGGAGGAGCAGAUGCGGGUACCGGUUCUCUACGUCUCAUGGAGCACGUGCCGGGGCGCCCGACAGCGGAGCGAGAACACGGUGGUUCUCAAUGAUAUUCAGUUCCACAUGCGGUACAGCUGCCUCGUGUGGGUCCUUCGCCAGUGGGCCACGUCGUUCCUGCUGGCUCGACCCACGCCCUUCAACAGGCGCCACAACCUGAACAUUUCUCUUGGGACAAAGGAAGCUUUCGUCGCUGAGGACAUCAUGUACCGCUGCGCCGGAAUGGUGGAGGUCGGAAACAUGUACCGGGCGCGUAAGGUCCUCAGAGGAAGAGUAUUAAGGAUAGUCACUAUCCAUCGCCCUCCGUUCGUGUUCUUAGAAAUGAACAGUGAAGGAAAGAUUACACGAACGACUGGAUUUGCCUUCGAGAUGCUGAAGGAACUGCAGAGAAAGUUGGGGUUCAGAUAUGAACUGGUUCUGCCCUACGACGGGAACUGGGGCAACAAACUCAAAAACGGAACCUGGAAUGGAAUGGUGGGAAUGGUGCACAGGAAGGAGGUCGACCUCGGCGUGGCCCCCUUCACCAUCACCCUCGGAAGGGCGGAGGCGAUCGACUUCACGUUCCCCUUCUACGUGGAGCCGUCAGCGGUCCUCACGCCCGCUGGGGCGACGUCCAAGAAGAUCCUGGCGUUUCUCUCGCCGUUUACCUUUGAGGUGUGGCUCGGCGUCCUCAUCUCCUUCGUGGUGUUAGGACCCAUCAUGCUCGCCUUCUCUCGGACCUCCAGCAGCGCCUUCCUCUACCCUCACAACACCUACAGCGCCAGCAGGAGGGUGUCUCUGUCCGGUUACUACUGGAUGCUGUGCGCUUCUCUCUUCCAGCAGGGAGUGACGUACCCCCUGAGCUCCCCCGCCCGCGUGGUCUUCGGCGCCUGGAUCGUGGGCGUGAUCGCUCUCACGUGCGCUUACACGGGCGUCCUCAUCUCCUUCCUGACGGUGCCCCGGGCGGAGAACGGCGUCGAGGACCUGCACAGCCUCCCGAAGCAGAGCGAGUUCCUGUGGACGUUCAAGAGGAACUCGGCGCACCACUCGCUCUUCCUGGGCAAAGACACCACCGGUAUAUAUGCGCAGAUCGGUGCCCCCUUCAUAGGCAAUGAGGACGAACUCGUGGACGACAACGAAGACGGGAUUCGGAAGGUGCUGGAACGAACGCACGUCUACAUCAAGGAGCGGUCCUUCCUAGAUUUCGUUGUCGAAGAGAACUUCAGGAGGAGCGGCCAGUGCAACCUGCGCAUUGCACGAGGAGAGUUCUUUCCUGCAGGAUUCGGUUGGAUUCACCAGAAAGGAGACGACAUCGGGAAACUCUUCAACAAGGAAUUCAUCCUGAUGCAGCAGACAGGUCUCUUUGCGAAGUGGAAGUUGCAGUACUGGCCGAAGGCGAACAAAUGCACUAAUGGCGGGAGCAGGUCUCUCAUGCAGAUUAGUUCUAGGAUUAUUGUUAUACAGGUCACUUGCAUUGUUUACAGGUCAGUUCUAGAUCCGUCAGGCAUGUUAUUUUUCGGGGAUCUGGUCACUUCCAGGAACGUAACUCUCAGUUUCAACACUGAUCUGUAUAGGUCUUCGAAUAUAAAAAAGCGUCGCAUCAAGUCACAUAUAGAGCUUCUGACGUUAAUCAGCGCGUCUGCCGUGGUGUCUUCAAGUCUGCUUGUAGUUAGUGUUGAUUUUCCUAAUGGAAGGUCCAGCCAGCACCACUAG